UUACUGGUUGGAGUGGUUAUAUAUUUUUUAGAAAUUUGCAUUACAUUAGCUCGCCAAAUCAGUUUUUAGCAGUCAUCCCGACCGGACAGUUGUACUAUUACCCAAUAAUCUGAAAUAUCCGUUGACAGGAUUCUUCGCUAAAUGGAGAGAUACGAAAAGCUGAAGAAGAUAGGAUCGGGUUCUUACGGUUAUGUUUACAAAUGCAGAAACAAGGAAACAGGAAUGCUGGUUGCAAUUAAGAAAUUCUUGGAGACGGAGGAAGAUCCUACAAUUCAGAAGAUAACCUUUCGCGAGAUUCGGGUUUUACGGGAUCUUAAUCAUCCUAAUAUUGUUAAUUUGGUGGAGGUGUUUCGAAGACGCCGGAAGCUCCACUUGGUGUUCGAGUUUUGUUCCAGUAAUUUGCUUGAUCUCAUGACCAGCUAUCCGGAGGGGCUGCCUGGAUUAGUGGCCCGAGAUAUCCUACACCAAACUCUGCAAGCACUGCAUUACAUGCACGCCAACAUGUACGUCCAUCGCGAUGUAAAACCGGAAAACAUUUUACUACAAGGGAAGAUCGUCAAGCUAUGUGACUUCGGAUUCGCUCGCCCAAUUAACAAAGCGGAGGCUACGGAAUUUGAAAAGCAAAGUAUGCCGGAAAUGUACACUGACUAUGUGGCCACAAGGUGGUAUCGCGCACCGGAGUUAUUGGUUGGUGAACCGCUUUACGGGUCACCUGUGGAUGUUUGGGCCAGCGGCUGCGUAUUUGCCGAGUGCAUGACAGGAGAACCUCUGUGGCCGGGCACAACGGACUUGGACCAGUUAUCUCUUAUUCGGAAGACUCUGGGAGAAGUUCCGCUUCGGUAUAUUGGGUUUUUCAACAAAAAUCCCUUUUUUGCCGGUACAGAAUUGACACCGAUAACCGAACCGGAAACUCUGGAAAGUAAAGUGGGGCACAAGAUCCGGAAGGAGGCAUUCGAGAUGCUUACAAGCGUUUUAACCAAAGAUGCGACGAAGCGUCCAACCGCGGAAAUGGUCAUGAAAAUGCCGUAUUUUAACGGGUUGCCAUACAUGGUCCCGUUGGAGGAUAUCAAGCAAUCGAAGCAGAAACAGAUGUACGCUGUAUUUAAGGCGUUUGCGGAGCAGGAAGCGAAGUACAUCAUGGAUGCGCCGGAUAUACGAUUAUUGUCACCUUCGAUGCAAAACGUUCAUCCAAGCGGAAGUACGUCCAACCCUGAAACUGUUCGAGCGGAAACCAAACAGCGAAUUACGAAAUUACUGAAUGGCAUUGCUGCGAAAGCAUCACCUUCCAAGCACGCUCUGAGUGGACCGCUGCCACCUGGUAUAAGGGAACUGCUUAAAAUGCGUAACGGCUCCGCUGCAUGAGGCGCGGUAGUUUAAUUUUUAAUUAUGUAUUAUUGUAUUCAGCAUUAGUGCUGAAUUAGUAACAGCAAACUGGUUAAUUCUUCCGCUCCUGUUUUUCCUAGCGUGUGUAGCGUUCUCAAAAAGCGACGGGCAAGGCUCGAAAGUUGCAUAAAGUACAGUAAAUGGA